AUGGGUAAAGAGAAGGUUCACAUCAACAUCGUCGUGAUAGGUCACGUCGACUCUGGCAAGUCGACGACGACCGGGCAUCUGAUCUACAAGCUCGGUGGUAUCGACAAGCGUGUGAUCGAGAGAUUCGAGAAGGAGGCGGCGGAGAUGAACAAGAGGUCGUUCAAGUACGCGUGGGUGCUGGACAAGCUGAAGGCGGAGCGGGAACGCGGUAUCACGAUCGACAUCGCUCUGUGGAAGUUCGAGACGACCAGAUACUACUGCACGGUGAUCGACGCCCCCGGGCAUCGCGACUUCAUCAAGAACAUGAUCACGGGUACCUCCCAGGCGGACUGCGCCGUGCUGAUCAUCGACUCCACCACCGGUGGUUUCGAGGCGGGUAUCUCCAAGGACGGGCAGACCCGCGAGCACGCGCUGCUGGCGUUCACCCUGGGGGUGAAGCAGAUGAUCUGCUGCUGCAACAAGGUAGGGGGGGCAGAGUGUUCGUUUCUUCUUGUUUUUCUUCCUCUGUUAGUAGUAUGUAAGUAAGCAGAUGAAGUGUAAGAGAGAGUUAAAGGGGUGGUUAUUUUCGUGUUGUGUUGAAUGAAUAGAUGGACGCGACCACCCCGAAGUACUCGAAGGCGAGGUACGACGAGAUCGUGAAGGAGGUGUCGUCGUAUCUGAAGAAGGUGGGGUACAACCCGGACAAAAUCCCGUUCGUGCCCAUCUCGGGGUUCGAGGGGGACAACAUGAUCGAGAGGUCGACGAACCUGGACUGGUACAAGGGGCCGACCCUGCUGGAUGCGCUGGACCAGAUCUCGGAGCCGAAGAGGCCCUCGGACAAGCCCCUGCGGCUGCCGUUGCAGGACGUGUACAAGAUCGGCGGCAUCGGGACGGUGCCGGUGGGGCGGGUGGAGACGGGCGUGCUGAAGCCCGGCAUGGUGGUGACCUUCGGGCCGACGGGGCUGACGACCGAGGUGAAGUCCGUGGAGAUGCACCACGAGGCCCUGCAGGAGGCCCUCCCCGGGGACAACGUGGGGUUCAACGUGAAGAACGUGGCCGUGAAGGACCUGAAGCGGGGCUUCGUUGCGUCCAACUCCAAGGACGACCCGGCCAAGGAGGCGGCCAACUUCACCUCGCAGGUGAUCAUCAUGAACCACCCGGGGCAGAUCGGCAACGGGUACGCCCCCGUCCUCGACUGCCACACCUCCCACAUCGCCGUCAAGUUCGCCGAGCUCCUCACCAAGAUCGACCGCCGCUCCGGCAAGGAGCUCGAGAAGGAGCCCAAGUUCCUGAAGAACGGCGACGCCGGCAUGGUGAAGAUGAUCCCCACCAAGCCCAUGGUGGUCGAGACCUUCUCCGAGUACCCCCCACUCGGCCGCUUCGCCGUCCGCGACAUGCGCCAGACCGUCGCCGUCGGCGUCAUCAAGUCCGUCGAGAAGAAGGACCCCUCCGGCGCCAAGGUCACCAAGUCCGCCGCCAAGAAGAAGUGA